AAGAAAAUAUGCCUACUAAUAGACGUCGCGAUCCUUUCAGACUUUAAUGUAACUAAAAAAGAAGCAGAAAAACGCAUUAAAUAUAAGGAUCUCCAAAUAGAGAUUGAGAGAAUGUGAAAUCUGAAGACCAAAAUUAUCCCGGUGGUCAUAGGAGUAACAGGACUGAUAUCCCAUAACACGUUUGCAGCCAUGAACGAUAUCCCAGGAAAACACUAUCUCUUGAGUUUAAAAAAAUCUGUCCUGCUAAAAACAGCGCACAUUGUGCGAAAGGUUAUAUGAAGACACUAGACAUGGUGUGCACUCGAUGACUUCUGCACUAUGAAAGAACAUAAGAACUAAACAUAUGUGAAAUAUCGAAAAUAAUAAAUAAUAACUUGAAAUAUCCAUUGGCAAGACCUGAAAACUGUCAUAAUUUCCAUUAACAUGCUCUUGGAGCUAUUUUCCGAACUCGGCCAUAGAAAAAUAAAAUGACAUUGGACAUAAGGUUGACAUUUGUCAUCUAUUGAAGUUCUAAUUUUGUUGUUGUUAAAAAAUUACAAUUUCAUUUAAGCAAUGCGUGAAUAUCCUCCUCCAGUAAAAGUAUCGCCAGUAAUUAAGUUUUUCAGAUACACCUUUCUAAUAUCUGGAAUAUUUUAUGGAGCUUUAAAACUGCAAUUCCUAAAAACGCUGAAAGCGAGUAGAGCCGAUGAUAGGGCUCGAAGAAUAGCAGCUAGAGAUGCGAGACUAAUGGAAGAACGUAUAUUGGCCGCCGAAAGGGACUUCCAACAGAUUGUUGAAAUAUUUGCUCCUCCACAAAGACCACAAAGUCCUCGACCAGAUGUGAAAGUAUCUGAUCAACCAUUGUUAACGUCCAUGCAAUACGAUGUGUACCAGAAGCCCAUAGAUCUAUCUAUUCAAGGUGAUCUACCAAAAAGUGGAAAUCCCUUGGAUAAUCCUGAACCUUCUCCUCAAGAUGAUUUACGAAAAAGUGGGAAUCCCAUGGAAAAUCCUGAACCUUCUUCUGAUACUUCAGAAGAUUAAAUUAAUUUCGAAAUUACAAAAUAUGUAUGUUUUGGUUAAAUAAUAAAUGUACUUUUUAAUAUCCUUUAAUACGACAAUUUCGGGUUUUCUUAAAUUGUAAAAGUAUUAGGUAAAAUUACUUCAACACUUGCAUUAUUUCAUUGAGCCUAUAAAAUCCCAAUAAGUUCAAUAACCUUGAAGCAUAAUUCCAAUAAUUAAUCUGGCUAUUUUUGAGAUUGACACAUCACUCAGCUAUUUAUAGAAUUUAAGUGCAGCCGUUCAAAUGUGUUGCAGAAUUUAUGAAUACAUAUAUCGUAAUUUUACUAGAAAACAAAAAAAGGCAUUGCUUCAAAAUCCUACUGAUCUAAAAUGGACUUGGCUUGCUCACCAAUAUAACAUUAAUAAAAGUUUCUAAUUACCUGUUGCGCCAUUCCAGGUCCUAAGCUACGAUAAGUUACUUUCAUACCACAGCCAUUGCACGCGGGACAUUUCUCCGGGGCCUGUCCAGUUUUGCUGCCUUUGCCUGCACACUUCUCGCAAAUUACAUUUUUGCUCAACUGAAGUUUGGACGUUUUCCCAUUGUACAUGUCCUCUAAGGUGACUUUCAACGGAUGGACCGUGUCUUCGCCGCGUUGCCUCCUUCGCAUGCCGCCGCCGCCUCCAUAGCCGCUAAAACCUCCGAAAAGGCCGCCGCCAAAUAAAUGCGAGAACAAAUCGUCACCUCCGAAACCUUCAUGACCGCCGCCUUCUUGCAGACCUUUUAAUCCGACUCGGUCGUAUAGUUGCCGUUUCUUUUGAUCUGAAAGGAUUUCAUAGGCGUAACUGAUUUCUUUGAACUUGUCACCAGCUUCUGGGUUUUUGUCAGGGUGAAAUUCUUUAGCAAGUUUCCUGUAUUGCUGCAAUGGAUGAAAGAAAAAAUAUAUUUAUUCAUUUAUACUUAUUGGUAUGUAUGAUGGUAUGAUCAAGGGGCAAAGAUAUAUCAGUUAAUUUGAUAUUCAUAGCCAUACUGGAUGACAUAAAAAAUGCAUCAACUAUUAAAAGUGUAUAUUACAUCGUUUCUACACCAGUAAAAAUGGGUGAUUAAAUUUUCAUUGGGAAAAUCGGAUCCUAUAGAGUCUAAAUUCAGUAAUGUGUUGCUCUUCCAUUUAAACAAAUACAUUCAGAGAAUAUUUUUUAUUAUUGCGAGCUAUAGCAAAUGGUUCCAGAACUUCAUUAGGGUGUAUUUGGGCAUCCAAAUGGCCUUGGGGAAGUACAAGAGGAGUUUUACCAACUUAGAAGUUAGUUUCUCACUUCUCCAGCAAAUUCCGA